UUGUAAAUGAAAACUCCUCUACUCUUUCCUUUCUCAAUUCUUCCAACGAGUUGGCUGAAUCCAUCAAUCAAUCAAUCCUCACUUCUAAUUUUCCACUACAGACCUCAAUUGACAUUUCGCCAUUUCAACAACCCAUGGCAGCGGAGGAGCAAGUCCUUCCCCUAGCCCCAGCCGCCGGCCGCCAAACCAGCGAUCAUGGAUCCCCCCUUCCUGUCGCCGCUACCCGGCCCAGCCGCGCAAGACGCAUCAGAUGCUGCGCCUGCGCUGCCGCCCUCACCCUCUUGACCGCCGCUGUCGCUGUCGUCGUCCUCGCCCUCACUGUCUUCCGCAUCAAAGGCCCCGAGAUCAAGCUGAACGGCAUCGCGGUGUCCCGGCUGGAGCUCGUCGCCGGCACCGCCGUCCCCCGCCCCGGCACCACCGUGUCGCUGACCGCAGACGUCUCGGUGAAGAACCCGAACGCGGCGUCCUUCAAGUACGGGAACACCACGACGGCCCUGUACUACUGGGGCGCGGAGGUGGGAGAGGCCCGAGGGCCGCCUGGUCGCGCGGGGGCGAGACGGACCGUCCGGAUGAAUCUGACGGUGGAGUUCAUGACGGACCGGCUGAUGGUGCAGGCGGCGAACCUGAGCAGAGAGAUGAGGGAGGGGGUGCUGACGAUGAGCAGCUACACCAGAGUGGGAGGAAGAGUGAGGAUGCUGAAGAUCAUCAGAAAACAUGUUACCGUGAAGAUGAAUUGCACCGUGAGUCUUAAUAUCACCACUCGGGCGAUUCAACAGCAGCGAUGCAAGCGCCAUGUUGACUUCUAGAUUUUACGCAGUUCUAUCGCUUAUAAAAUAUAUAUAUAUAUAUAUAUAUAUAUAUAUAUAUUAUAUAAGUAGUUUUCUCCUUAUAUACAGAGUGAAUUUGUAUGGAUACAGUUUUUCAUGUAAAUACGCGAGGUGAAAUAAACAUUAAAGUAAAUUAUCUGUA